UCACACAUUACCAGAAGACAACAGGCUGUGAAACUGCGGUGGUCAUCCCACACUAAUCGUCUCCCCUUGGUCAGCAGACGCUUUAAUCGACCUACUGGCAUUUUAUUAACGACACUGCAGCACUGCUUUCGUAAUAACUGCACUUCUGAGGUCACAAUAGCGAAUAAUGAGGCACCACGGGUCCCACAGGUGACGGGGAGGGUCGUCGGAAAUCGGUGAAAUCCGCGGCGUGUUGAGGGCGCCCCCUACCGGACGCUCAGCAGGCAGGAUGCGGCUAACAUGGAGUCUGGCUCUGCUUCUCUGCUCCAGCACGAUGUCCGGGGCGAUAGAGCCCAUCUCCACCGGCAUCGCGAUGGGCAUAGCGGCCGCCGUCACCGGCUUUCUGGCCCGAUACCAGAACGUGCUGUACUACUUCCAGGAGUGCUGCCGGCCGGAGUGGAUGUCCUACAACAAAACAGGUCUGGAGGAGGACCUGCGGACGAAGCUGUUUGGGCAGCAUGUGGCCGCUCGGGUCAUCUUGAAGGCCGUUACGGGGUUCAUGAACAACAAGAACCCCAGGAAGCCGCUGGUUCUCUCCCUGCACGGUUGGACUGGGACGGGCAAGAACUAUUCACAACUGCAGCAGUGGAUAAAGGGUAACGUGACUAACUGCCCUCGUUCCAUGUUCAUAUUUGACGAGAUGGAUAAGAUGCACCCUGGUCUGAUUGACAGCAUAAAGCCAUACCUGGACUUCUAUGACAACCUAGAUGGGGUCUCGUACCGGCAGGCCAUCUUCAUCUUCCUCAGUAACGCUGGAGGGGAGAACAUCGUGCAGGUGGCUCUGGAUUUCUGGACUGCAGGAAGAGAACGAGAGGAAAUUGAGCUGAAACAUCUGGAGACAGCCUUGUCCCUGUCAGUGUUCAACAACAAGAACAGUGGUUUCUGGCACACUAGCCUAAUAGACAAGAACCUGGUGGACUUCUUCGUACCUUUCCUUCCUCUGGAAUACAAGCACGUAGUGCAGUGUGGCCUGGCCGAAAUGGCCGCUAAAGGCCUGACCCCAGACGAGGAAGUGGUGGACCGUAUGGCACGAGACUUGAGCUUUUUCCCCAAAGAGGAGCGUGUGUUUUCUAGGCAAGGCUGCAAGAUCAUCUCCAGCAGACUGGACUUCUACAUCUAACUGGAAAAUAGGAGAGACGCUCCACUCUGUGCACUGAAGAGCUGCCACUGGUUUACAGUGAAAAUGAAUCGAACAGGAUGGAAGGAAUACACCUCCCAACACUACUGCUGUCCUGCUUGGACCGUGCUGCGUUAUUUCCAUUGUGUCGCUCGUAAUUGAUGCAUUGGUGGGACGGGGAAAGUUUUUAAUGGACCUUCUCUUUUAAAAAGUUACUAAUUAAGAACUGUGACGGCUUAACUCCUUGUUUUUAAGGAGGAUCACAGUCUAAUGAAUGAGGUGGAGGAGGGGGGGGGGGUCUUAAAUGGUCAUUUUUUAUGACCCGGAGUAAAUUUCGUUUUAACUUUGUAUGCCUGUAAAUGGAAAACACAACACACUGCCUUAACCCGUAAAACGUUGUCAAACUACUUUUGCCUGCCUGUUGGUUUAUAUACGUUUUGAUCAUUCAUAUCAAGUCUGAUGUAGCGACAGAAGAACGUGUAGAUCAAUGGAUCAUCACAACAGCAAAGAGUGACCACAGAGUUGUCCUUGUCGUCGUCUGUAGGUUCAUUUUGACCUCAUUUGGAACAGUAGUAGACUAAAUGAAGGAGGCCCACUGAUGAAAUGUUUUCCUCAGCACUACAAAUGGCUGGAUAAAGUUGAUGGCGCAGUGCAAUACAGGGCUCCCAAUCAGAACAGAGCUCAUUUACAUACGUCUUAAAGACAGUAACAAUGUUCAAUUCUAAGCGGUUGGAAAAUAGUUGAGUAAAAAUACGAAAGAAAUGUACGAUACAGGCCCCAUCACUGACAUGAAAAGGUUCUAGCACCAAAAGGGUUCUUCUACGGUUACAAGCUUUCUAUUAACGACAGUAGAACCCCUUCGGUUGCUAUUUUGAAUCAUUUUCCAAAAGGUUUUCUAUACAAUCAUCUACAGCAUGUUCUCCAUCAAUGUGGGGAACCCUAAAAGCAUGCAUGUCCUCAUUCUUUGAGUGUUCAUGGUUCUACUUAGAACCAUUCUGUAUACUAAGGUACCACUGGAGAACAAGGGCUUUUGUCAAGAGUGUACCACAACAAUCUCUCCGGUUGUGCAUUUGUAACCAUUCCAUGCAGUAACUCUCUGUGAGGGAGUUUUUAGAGGUGGACGUCUGGUUCCCAUCACCACCACUGGGAACGAUGCUGAGGGCAAGUUUCUUCUAGAAGGGAGCAUUUCACACCAAACCACUCUGACUGACUUUGUUCAUAUCACAAGGAUUCAAUCAUGCAGAUAUUUGGAAAGAUCAGUGGAAUUCCCCUCCUGAAGUCCUAACCAGUCAGCCCACCUCCUUGUUGCUACACUCAUUGUCCAACAAAGAGUUUGAGCUGGACAUUCAUGUGUGCUCUGGUUUAAAUUUCUUAGUUUGACCAAAAAAAAUGGAACGGGUGAAGCAAACGCGAGAGGUGAUGAUUUUCUUUCUACUUUAACUCGGAAUAAAAGUCAGUUCCAUUAGUUUUAGUCCAAUGUUCUUUAGUCUCACUGAGCCGUGAGAACUUUAGAUCCCUUAACCAUAUUAAAUAAACCUUGAUAA